AUGGGCGAGAUCGGGUUCCUAUCCCGGUCCGCCAUGGCAGAGCCACGUUCUGACCGAUUUGAAAGACUCCCAACGAACCUAACAUCAGAGAGUGUUCUCUUAGCAAGCUUGGCUCUCGAUGGUUCCGACCCGUCAAAGUCAAACUUGUCAGAUCACCAGGCCACCCAACUGCUGGCAUCUGAACCAAGCAGGCUUCGUAUGGAUCGCGCUUCAACCCUUCCCCACAUGACUCGUUUUGUCGAAGAGAUCUGUCCCAUUAUGCCGUAUCUUGUUGCGAGCAAUCUCACGGACCAAUACGAAGAGGUGCUCUCGCAACACGGCAGAAGGGGCAAUAUAGAGAAUCAAAGCUCUAGUGCGCUAAGCCGUUUCAAUGUUUGCAUGGCGGUUGCAACUGGAGCAUUGUUGUCAUCACGAUCUCCGGGUAAAUCUUUACUGGUCAUAAGGUUGCAUGAAGAAGCUAUAAAGCAGCUAUCCAUGAUUAAAAUGAAGGACGAAACCCACCUGGUAUCGUGCAUUUUGAGCUUGACAAUAUUUGCGUUAUACAGCCCUAGUGGAGGCUCUUCUUGGCACCUUGUAGGUUUGGCUCUCAGAAAAUGCAUUUCUCAGGGUUGGCACCGGCACCAAGAAUGUGUUGGGCAGCUAACAGAGGGCGAUUUGUUAUCGAGAAAGCGUCUGUUCUGGAGUGCGUAUAUGAUUGAUAGAUCAUUGAGCCUAGUCAUUGGGCGGCCUUUCAGUAUACAGGACCGAGAUAUAAGCAUCUCCGUUCUCAAGCCAACCGAAGCCACAAGUCUGCACUGUCACCUAAUCACACAAGCUCGACUGGCUACAGAUAUUCAAGUCAGCUGUCGGACCACACUCCUUCAUGACUACAGCAACAUUUGUUUCUGGAAACAAUGGACUGGAGACCAGGAUCGUGAUUCAAAUGUUAAACCAACCGUUCUUGACCAUCUCUUGCAAUUGGAAUGCCGGAUGCUUGCCAAGAUAACUUCGACGCAACCAGGUCAUCAGAGCCCGGGAAGACACUCUGCAGCAGUGGUGCGUGAGGUCGAAAGAGAAACAAUUGAGGCAUGCGCUCGAUAUAUAGACCGCAGCUAUGAACGGCUCCAGGAGAACAAUUUCGUUGGGUCCUUUAUCGAGGCCUACGACAUGUUUACAGCAUCGCUGACCGUCGUACAUCUCAAGCGGCGCGAUGCCGCCUGCAACACACAGCAACAGCUCGCAUCAAUGAUGGACCUCAUCAAUAAAUCUUCGACCCUGCUAACUGCAAUAGCGGAACGCUUCUCCGUGUUUCGCAGUUUCCAAAGAGUACUCUUGUCCCUGUCGGGGCACUUGAUGGCCAACCCUAUACCUACAGCUCAGGUGCGUUACUAA